GCCGGUGGUUAAUGUGUAAACAUGGAUGGAGAUGCCCACAGGAACAUUGGCCCCUGAUAAGCUCCGGACUGCUGAGUCACUGGACACACAGGGGACAAGACUUAGUGACCUGCAGACUCCAACUCUGACUGAAGCAGCUCUCACAUUAUUAGAUCACCUCCUACAACACUUCUCCACUUUGUCUUCCAGAUGAAAUCCAUGUUUGGCUCUGCAGGAUUUUGGAUGUUUUGAAGUUUGUGAGCUUUUUGCAGCUGAAAUCCUUUAAAUCCCUUAAAGACUUCUAAAGAGUCCCUCUGCUGUGUGGAACAUGGACAGGAGGAGCUGUGGUUCUGGGAGCCAGCUGCUCCAUGUGGACCUCCACAUUGAUGAGGAGGAACCUCGGAGAGGAGUCCUGGAGCUCCUCAGGAGACUCCGGCCUCACUGGGAGGAGCAGGACAUCCAGAUGAAGACGUUCACGGAGGGCAUCACCAACCAGCUGAUCGGCUGCUACGUGGCGGCGCUGCAGGAGCCGGGCUGCGUCCUGGUGAGGCUCUACGGCAGGAUGACGGAGCUCUACGUCAACCGGCGCAGAGAGAUGGAGAUGCUCCAGCUGCUCCACCACCACGGCUGUGGUCCUCAGAUCUACUGCAGCUUCACCAACGGCAUCUGCUACGAGUUCACCAGAGGAACCGUGCUGGACGACCAGCUGCUGAGGGAACCAUCCAUAUACAGAUUGAUUGCAGCAGAGAUGGGGAGAAUCCACUCCAUCCAGCCAGAAUGUGGUCGGCCUGUUGAACCUCUGCUCUGGAAGAAAAUGUCUCACUUUCUCACGCUGGUGCAGAGCAGCAGCAGCCCGGCCGAGCAGCCGGCCACCAAAAGAGGCGUGUCUCUGCCCAGCGUCCAGACUCUGUCAGCUGAGAUGGAGUCGUUGAGGACUCACCUGUCUCAGGUGUGUUCUCCCACCGUCCUCUGCCACAACGACCUGCUCACCAAGAACAUCAUCUACAACCACUCAGACGGAACGGUGAAAUUCAUCGACUACGAGUACGCCGAUUACAACUACCAGGCCUUCGAUAUUGGCAAUCACUUCAAUGAAUUUGCCGGUGUGUCUGAGGUGGACUACAGUCUCUAUCCUGGUCUGGACCUCCAGAGGGACUGGAUCAGAGUCUACCUGCAGAGCUUCAAGCAGAGCGCUGGUGGUGAUGAUGUCGUCGUCACGGUGACGGAGGAGGAAGUUACUCAGCUCUACGUCCAAGUCUGCAAGUUCUCUCUGGCCUCCAACUUCUUCUGGGGACUCUGGGCCAUCCUGCAGUCACGCUUCUCCUCCAUCGACUUCGACUUCCACAGGUACGCCACGGCACGACUCAACUACUACUUUGAGAAGAAAGAGGAGUAUUUUGGACUGGCAGUGUAGAGGAGGAGGAGGAGGAGGAUGAAGGAGAGAGAGCCCAUCCUUCCUCCAGUCACAAUGAGCUCCCCAUUGUUUGUUAUUGCAGGCUGCAGGGUGAGAUAAUAUGUUUUGCUAUCACUGUGAUUUUUAAAAUAUUUGUUUGACCACAGUCAGUCUGCCGAUAAGCCCCGUUGGCUCCGGCAGACGCCGCCGCUGCCAGAAACACAUUAAUUGUUCCCACAUUUAGCCGAGCCGCAUAAAGCCACAAAAACUGAGCCUGAUCAUAAAACCAUAAGAGGGUUAUUUGCAUGCUUAUUCAGCGCGCACCACAGUCCUCCUGCUGCAAAACAACUUCUCAUUGCAGCUCUUCACUCGUCCAAGUCCUCCAUUAUUUCAUCAUUUCGUCCUUUUUGCUGUGAAGUUGCUCACCGGUCAAACGCUUUCACUGCAGAUCUAGAAAGUAGCUGCAAACACACACAUUAAGAGCUUAAACGGCGUGUAAAACAGUGUUGCAGCAACACAAAUUGGUGCUAAUUUUAAUAGCUAGUGAAACGUUUAGAGACGUUUCAGCUCCCAGAAGUUUCCUCUACACUGUAAAAAAUGAUCUGCUUCAUUUACGGUAAAAUACUGUCAGCUGUGGUUGUCAGAACUACACCAUAAAACACACAGAGAGUGGGUUUUAUACUCUACAUUUAAAUGUAAAUAUCAGCAGAAACUGUAGUUUAGACUGAAUAAUCCUGUUAUUUCUAGGGUCAUUGUGUCAUUCAUUCACACAUCAUGGUAUUUAUACAUUAAUUUUACAUGAAAAUGAAAAAUGAAAUGUGUUUAGAGCAAAACUGUGUUUUUUUUUUUCUUCUUCCCAUCAGUCGCUGUGGAUAAAAGCGUCUGCUAAAUGACUAAAUGUAAAUGUUUUCUUCCAGUUUAUGACAGAAAAAAGUAAAAGUUUUGUGCUAUUCUUUGAUUUUCUGUAAUUUAAAGUGUCUAUUUCUGAUGUAAUUUCACAGAGUUUUACUGUAAUUUCUAUUAAAAAAAUUUAAAGUGUGAGAGAAAUACUUUAUUCAUUCCAUAAGCUGCAGUUUGCAUUGGGAAAAAGGUUUGUUUUAAACAGAAUAAAGUUUGAUUUAUUGGUGCCAACACUCACUAUUAUCAGAGCUGUUACAACUAAAUUACAUGAACUCUGAGAACUGAAGCAGCAUCAUUUUAUAUCCAACAAGAGUUUAAAGAGUCACUAAACUCAGGAGAAAAUUAACUGAACAUUUUUAACUUGUGAUAUUUGUCCAGGAGUUUCUCCGCAAAUCUAGAAAGUAGCUACAAACUCAGAAAUUAAGAGCUUAAACUGUUAUUUUUAGGGUAAUUGUGUCAUUCAUUCACACAUCAUGGUAUUUCUCCAUUGACUUUACAUGAAAAUGUUAUAUUUUUACAGCAAAACUGUGUUUUCUUCCAGUUUAUGACAGAAAAAAGUAAAAGUUUUAUGCUAUUCUUUGAUUUACAGUAAUUAAAAGUGUCCACUACGGUGAUAUACAAUUUUUAAUGUAAUGCCCUAUUACUAUUUCUGAUGUAAUUUGACAGUUUUACUGAGCUUUAUCAGCGUGUAAAACAGUGUUGGAGCAACACUAAUUGGUGCUUUUUAAUUUUAAAAGGUGGUGAAACGUUUAGAGAUGUUUCAGCUCUCUGAGAGAAACACUUUAAAUCAAACCUUUUCACAGAGCAAACAGCAGCUUAUGGAAUGAAUAAAGUUUGAUUUAUUGGUGCCAACACUCUCCAUUAUCAGCUUUUAAACUGAAUUAAAGUUAAAGAGCUGCAGCUGCUGUUUGUUCAAUGUUUCCUGAAGGACAAAGAGUCUGAAGAACAUCAGAACUGACUGUUACUGCUUCAUCAUGUUCACUGACUCCUGAUGAUCAUUAACAUUAACAUUCAUGUAUAAAUGCAAUAAUGAUUUAUGCUCUAAAUAAAGUGUAACAGUGUGAUUUCAUGUUGAAUGUCUGAACUAAGAGGAUUGAAGAGAGAAACCAGCACGAUGAUCAACUUUAGACGGCAAGUUAGAGGAUUCUUUAUCUAAUAAAUAUUGGUUUAUUACACCAGGGGUCUCAAACUCUGAU